AUGUUAUCCGUCGCUGGUCAUCGCUUCGCGAGUUUGGCUACCACGCCAGUCCUCCGUAUGGGCUUGGCUCGUUGCUUCUCGUCAGUCACUGGACCGUUCCAGUGCCCACCUCUGCCGUAUGUGAAGAACGCAUUGGAGCCUCAUAUGUCUGCUGAGACUUUGACAUACCAUCAUGAUAAGCAUCAUCAAACUUAUGUUGACACUUUGAAUAGCAUCGCUGCUGAGAACUCUACCAUCGCCAGCAAGACCCUGGAGCAAAUUAUCAAGACCGAGACUGGCAAGCCUUUUAACCAGGCUGCUCAGGUUUAUAACCAUACAUUCUUCUUCAACAACUUGGCGCCCAAUGGCGGUGGAGAGCCGACUGGCAAGAUUGCCGAGCUCAUCACUCGCGACUUUGGAAGUUUCGAGAAGUUCAAGGAGGAGUUCAGCGCUGCUGCCGUCGGACACUUCGGCAGUGGUUGGGUGUGGCUCAUUGCUGAUGACGGCAAACUGAAGAUUGUCCAAGGUCACGAUGCUGGCAACCCGAUAAGGGAGAGUAAGACUCCUCUUAUGAACAUCGAUGUAUGGGAGCAUGCCUACUACAUUGACUACAGAAACGCUAGAGCACAGUAUGUGAAGAACUACUGGAAUCUGGUCAACUGGGACUUCGUCAAUGACAAUGUUGCCAAGGCUGGUCUUUAA